CAAACGUUUCGGAGAACUUGGCGACCGACCGCAGAACAUCGCUGAUCACGCACCUCGAUUAUUUUCCUCAUACUUUUUCAGUGACUUGUGAAUAAGUUGUCGUGUAAUAAACUUUUAUUUUAACUGAUAUAGACUUGCAAUUCACAUCGAAAUUCGACAUUUUAGACGAGAUAGAUUUACGACUCUCAGCAAUUAAAUAACUCCGUCAACAUGAUGUCGUGGGCGAUCUGGUGCGCUAUGGUGGUAGCGGGCUGCGCGUGCGCAGAGGCCGCACCUGCAUCUAACGCGCUUACACCUGCUAUCGAUUGGGCGCAGUUCGACUCAACGGCACCCGACGAUGAAAGCAUCGGCUACGCUGUUCCUUCCAUGAGCGGACGCCUCACGGCCGGCGCGCCUUGGCUCUACCUCUUAGCUGAAGUACCGCGUGAUUCUCAGAAUGUCGCCGAAAUCCACGAAGGGCGCGCGAGGCCGAAACGGAAGAUGCCGUCGCUCUCCAUCAACAACCCCAUGGAGGUGCUCCGCCAGCGACUCCUGCUCGAAGUGGCCCGCAAACAAAUGCGCGAAGCAAACCAACGGCAGGCGGUCGCCAACAGAGUCUUCUUGCAAAACGUUGGCAAACGAGGUUUUUGGGCUAAUUCAGUAUCAUCUCGCUACGACAAUUAAAGAGUAAUGGGAGCCGUUUUUAGUUCUGCGGAUGCUCUCGCCACCUGCGUACAAGACUCUGCGACACCAUCUAUAUUUUCGAGAGAACAAACCUAACAAUAUGUAUAAUUUAAAUAGUAGAUAACGAAUGCAGUAUUAUUUGCUCCGGUAAUUAAAAACAUGAAUACAAAAGUAGCAAUUUUAGACGCGAAGCUUAAUUUUAACAAUAUUCUUCGUAGUGUUUAGAAUGCAAGACACUCGACAGAAUUACGUCAACUUUUAAAUUUAUUAAGGAAAUUAAGUCCUCUUCGAGAUACUAUAAUUAACAGAAUUACCGUCCUUAUUUUAACUGCUUAUUAAAAUAUUUCGUUUCGUUUAUUUUACAAUUACUUCGGUGUGAAUGUUAACUGGCUCAACAUUCACUCCAAACACAGUGUUAUUAUAUAUUAUUUACAUAAUUUAAAAU